AUGACACAUUUGGAAUCAGGGCAUGAAUCUGCAUCGAAUGAUGUGGGAUUACUAGGUUUUUCUGAGCAAAAACUUGUCGGAUCUAAUGGAACGCCAGAGUCGAAGCAUAGCGUGACAAUUUCGGCUAAGGAUUUUAAACUGUACGCGGCCGAUAUCUGCUGGGAAGUAGAACCGUUUAAUAUUCGUUAUACAGUUCGUACAUGUAUUCGUGAUGAGGAAUCUCAAACAUCAUAUAGUGGUCUGACAGCCACAAGUCAUUGUGGAUGGAUUAAACUAGCAUGGAUUAACAAAAAUAAACGUUUUAAAGGUUGUAUACAUUCAUGUGACAAAGAUGGAUGUAUACAACUAUUGAACUAA